GAUGACAUGCUCUUGCUUGCUCUGCUGGUCUCUCUUCUUCCUUGGCUGUAAUUUCUUCCUCUCUUGCUCGACCCACCGCCUCUUCUCGCCGUCGGCGAUCUCAGAUAUUCGCCGCAUCUUCUCCCUUUACUCCGCCUCCACCCAGCUGAAGUCACUGAGCUCAUUUGGUCUUUGCUUGCUCUCAGUGAUCAGUUUCUUGCGGGCGGCGCCUGAAGAGAUUCCCCCAAUUUACCUUUUAUGUCUGCUUCUUGGCUGAAGGAUCUCAAGUUGAAGGAUUGACGGGCAAUGGCGUCGCCGAGAGCCGGAUGGACCUCCUGGUUUCACAAGAGGAUCGUCGAUCCCCUCAUCCAAAUCCUCCGCAGGGGUGCAGAGCCGAGGCUGUUGGCGUUCUCUUCAGCUCUUGGCAUAACCCUCGGGGUUUUUCCAAUAUGUGGGGUGACUGUGUUCCUCUGUGGGAUGGCCAUUGCGGUGCUGGGAUCUCGCUGUCAUUCUCCCAGUGUGAUGCUUUUUAACUUUAUCGCCACUCCUGUCGAACUUGGCCUUGUGGUUCCCUUUCUGCGGUUUGGGGAAGCCAUAUCUGGUGGGCCUCAUUUUCCGUUAACAUCUGAUGCACUGAAGAAGGUGUUCACUGGUCAAGCUUCACGCGAAGUCCUAUUGAGUAUUCUUCAUGCGCUGAUAGGAUGGGCUGUGGCAGCACCCUUUAUUUUGGGCGCGCUUUAUUUGAUACUUCUGCCCUGUUUUAAGCUUCUGGUAAGCAAGUUCAGCACGCAUCCUUCAAGCCCCAAGAAGACCAUCCAGUCACCUAGAGAUGUCAAGAUCAAGGUAAGAGAUGUUUGACGGUUGCGUCCAAGGAUCGCUGCUCUCUGUACAUAGGAAGUGAGCAGAGAUUGGAUUGUAACAUUACUAUAAAAUGCUUCCAAAUUGUAAUCUUACAACCAACGACAUCAUAGCUCACAUCAUUUGUUAUUGUCACGGACAUUGGUGCUUCAAAUGUUGAUGUCUCAAUUAGAAGAUAAAAGAUUCUGUAUGGUCUCA